AUGGUACCACCAAGGUCAGGUGAGUGUGCUAGACUCAAAAGUUUCAAGGUUUCUUUGCAGGAGCCAGACCCAUGCUGUUACUUUGCUGUGCGAAGUACUCAAGAAAGGGAAGCUGAGGAGGAGCGUUCGGAAUGGGUGUUAGGCCUAUCCCACACCAUUCUGCUGAUCAUCGACUCCUUGCUGCCUAUGGCGGAGCUCAGCUGCGACCCUUUGCCUGGGAUUCCAAAGACCUUCCGGCGGUUGUUGGCAGGUUACCUCAUUCACAGGGAUGACCCUGAUGCGCUAUCUGUGGUCUAUUGUGAGCUCCAAGCUCCCGUUGGGCCUCGUGCCAGCUUAGUGAUCUAUGAGAACGACGCUUGCAAGAGUCCCAUCAUGGAGAUCCCGAUCUUUGAAUCUUCUGUGUGUUGCGAUGUAGUCGGCAUCAACUGCAGCUGCUUCGUGGUUGAAGGCCACCAUUUCGCAUCCCAAAGCUCUUCGGAGCGGAAGCUUUGGCUACGAGCUCUCAGCAACCUCAAGGUCAAACUCCAAAACAAAGCUCCGGAGCCCACACAAGAUGAGCUUUUGCAUUUUCGCUCUGCCAUUCGAGAGAAUAUCCGCACUCUCCAAGCAACACAAGAGUCUAGGAUUGCGCGAGAUCCUCUUUUGCGGCUUCUGGAAAAGCCAUCAAGAGCCUUCCCAACGCGUGACCGAGUCCAACAGGCUGCGUCCAAUGGAGAUCAGGAUCUACCUGAGGCUCCUGCUGAAGAUGAAGUCAGGCAAAAGAUAGAGCAAGUCAAUGGUCACUUGGCAGCUUGGAAGCGGCUUGAAACAUGA